CCUCUUAUCCCAAGGAACCUCAGACUGUGCGGGACAGUGCCGUUCUUCCAAAACGUAAGAGGUUUUCCUGUAGUGAGUGCAGAAAGCGUUUCCGUUCUAACUACGAUCUUAAUGUGCAUAAAAGAUCUCACACCAGAGAGAAGCCGUAUUCCUGUGCUGAGUGCGGGAAGUGUUUCUAUUCUAAAUCCCAUCUUAAUGUUCAUAAAAGAUUUCACACAGGUGAGAAGCCGUAUUCCUGCCCUGAGUGCGAUAAACGUUUCUCAAUGAAGUUCUAUCUUUCCACACAUCAGAGAUCACACACGGGUGAGAAGCCGUAUUCCUGCCCUGAGUGCGAUAAACGUUUCUCAAUGAAGUCCUAUCUUUCCACACAUCAGAGAUCACACACGGGUGAGAAGCCGUAUUCCUGUCCUGAGUGCGGGAAAUGUUUCUCAAUGAAGUCCAGUCUUUCCACACAUCAGAGAUCACACACGGGGGAGAAGCCUUUUUCCUGUCCUGAGUGCAGGAAAUGUUUUUCACGGAAGUCCUGUCUUUUUAUACAUCAGAGAUCUCACACGGGGGACAAGCCGUAUUCCUGCCCUGAGUGCAAUAAAUGUUUCUCAAUGAAGUCCUAUCUUUCCAUACAUCGGAGAUCUCACACGGGUGAGAAGCCGUAUUCCUGUCCUGAGUGCGGGAAAUGUUUUGUAUUUAAAUCAAGGCUUGUCACACAUCAGAGCUCUCACACGGGUGAGAAGCCGUAUUCCUGUCCUGAAUGUGGGAAAAGUUUUUGCGGAAAAUGUUUUUCACAGAAGUCCAAUCUUUCCGCACAUCAGAGAUCACACACAGGUGAGAAACCGUAUUUCUGUCAUGAGUGCGGGAAAUGUUUUUCGCAGCGGUCCAUUCUUUACACACAUCGGAAAUCUCACACAGGUGAGAAGCCGUAUUCCUGUCCUGAAUGUGGGAAAAGUUUUGUAAAUAGAUCAAAGCUUGUCACACAUCAGAGGUCUCACACGGGGGAGAAGCCGUUUUCCUGUAUUGAGUGCGGAAAAUGUUUUUCAGUGAAGUCCAAUCUCUAUAAUCAUCAGAGAUCUCACACAGGGGAGAAGCCGUAUUCCUGUCCUGAGUGCGGGAAAUGUUUUUCAGUGAAGUGCAGUCUUAACAAACAUCAGAGAUCUCACACAGGGGAGAAACCACUUUCCUGUCCUGAGUGCGGAAAAUGUUUUUCACUGAAGUCCCAACUUUCCACACAUCAGAGAUCUCACACAGGGAAGAAGUCACGUUCCUGUCCUGAGUGCGGGAAAUGUUAUUCAGAUAAGUCCAGUCUUUCCAGACAUAAGAGAUCUCACACAGGGGAGAAGCUUUAUUCCUGUUCUGAAUGUGGGAAAAGUUUUGUAUAUAAAUCAAGGCUUGUCAUACAUCAGAGAUCUCACACCGGGGAGAAGUCACUUUCCUGUCCUGAGUACGGGAAUUGUCAGUCACAGAAGUCCUCUAUUUACAGUCAUCUGAGAUUGGACAAGGAGGAGAACAAACUUUCCUGGUCUGAGUGAGGGAAUUGUUCCUCACUGAAGUCCUGUCUUCCUGUACAUCAGGGGUCCCACACAACCCUCGAGGUGUA